AUCCACCUCACACGAGGCACAAGUGCAUCCAGCACCAGCUGAUCAGGACGAGCAACCAUGAGUCCCGGGAGAACUUCAUCUCUGUCUCUGAUGCUGUUGCUGCUACUGAGCCUGGAGGCUACAGUGAAGGCGGCGGUACUCAUCCCUCAAAGUUCAGCAUGUCCAAACACCGAGUCCAAGAACUUGCUCCAGAAUGUGAAGGUCAACCUGAAAAUCCUUAACUCCCUUGGCCCAAAAGUGAGCUCCAGAAGGCCCUCAGACUACCUCAACCGCUCCACUUCACCCUGGACUCUCCACCGCAAUGAAGACCCUGAUAGAUAUCCCUCUGUGAUCUGGGAGGCUCAGUGUCGCCACCAGCGCUGUGUCAACGCAGAGGGGAAGCUGGACCACCACAUGAAUUCUGUUCUCAUCAAGCAAGAGAUUCUGGUCCUGAAGAGGGAGCCCGAGAGCUGCCCCUUUACUUUCCGGGUGGAGAAGAUGUUGGUGGGUGUGGGCUGCACUUGCGUUUCCUCGAUUGUCCGCCAUGUGGCCUAAACAGAGACCCGGGGCUGGCCCCUAAGAACACCCUCCCCCCGCGUUUCUCUGCAAACUUACUUGUAUUUUUAAAACAGUUCGUACGAUUGAUUCUCAGCAAGUAAUGUGGAUUCUGAGGUGGAGUCAGAAUUGUCUGCCCUCCACACUGAAAAGGUGUAAAGGGGUUCCAAAUUGCUUCUUGUUUUUCUGUGGGCUUUAACUUAUUUAUAUAUUUACGAUAUCCUGAGAUGACUUUGAGGUAUAACUUAUUUUAAUGAAUUAUCUACAUUAUUAUUGUUGUUUCUUUCUGAAGAAGACAAAAUUCAAGACUCAGAAAUUUUAUUAUUUAAAGGGUAAAACCUAUAUUUAUAUGACUUAUUUAUGAAUCUAUUUAUUUUUCUUAAGUCUUUGAAGUAUUAAGAGCAUGAUUAUCAGGUCUACCUAGGAAGUCCUAAAUAAAAUUAAAUAUUAAUUGAAAUUUCAGCUUUACUAUUUGUUUAUUUAAGGUUCUCCCCUCUGAAUGGGGUGAAAACCAAACCUAGUUUUACAUUUAAUGAAUUAUUGAAGCUUCAAAAAAAUGGGCAGUUUAGCUCCCUGUUCUGUUAAAACAACAACAAAACCCUUGUAAUAAUAUCACUGUAAUAAUAAAUUUUGG